AUGGUGGACUUCAGGUGCGAGUUAUCAAACCAGGUUCCGUACUUCAGCAGCCGUCCCAAACAAGUCAGGAAAGUGUCCGGCUCGUCGUCUUUGCUAAACACCUCAAACUUGGACGACGUGAUGGAUUGCAAAAGGGCAAGAAGUUCGGGAGUCGUUUUCGAGCAAAUCACAGAACUCAAGAUCGAGCCCGAGCUAGACCCAGACACUAUUUUGGGGAGCAGGUCUAGCUCCAAAAGCGUGGAGAAGACACCCAUCCCCAGCAUACCGAAACAACUUCCGCCGCUCAUGACAUUGCAAGCACCGUUGACACUCCGAAAUGUACUCCUCGAUGAGAAACUUGGUACCAACAAAAGAGUGUCUAUAAAGAUUGAUGUUAUCCAUGUUGGCCAUGUUUCUCGACCAGCCGGGACACACACAGUUGACUCUAGCACCAAAGGAGGAGAACUCCACACCAAGAGACUUGGUCAGGUGGAUACAUCCAGCCUUGGCAGCGUUGUAUGGCAUUUGGUAGUUAGGAACGUUGACAAUCAUUCCGGACAUCGAGGCGGUGAUGACCAAAGAGCCCUUUCUAUUCUUCUUGAACACCUUUCCGACGUUCUUGGCGCAGUAGUAAACACCGUUGAGGUCGACGUCCAUGACUCUGUGCCAGUCCUUGUCGUCGUUGUUGACGUCGUCGAGGAUGGAUCCGGUUUCCCAAACAACACCGGCGUUGGCGACAAACACGUCGAUGGUGCCGAAGUCCUCAACGACCUGGUUAACGGUAUCCUCGACGUUCUUCGAGGAGGCAACGUUGACCCUGUAAGCCUUUGUCUUGACACCGUAUUGCUUGGCGAGCUUCUCUGCGGUUUCUGUGGCAUCGGAGUAGUCCCAGAUGACAAGAACAUCACAGCCGGCCUCACAGUAGGCCUGAGCAGCAGCGUAUCCAAUUCCGUUUUCUCUGGCAGCUCCAGUAACAACACAAACCUUGCCCUUCAUAGAGAAAAGGUCAAAAAUACCUUUACCCUCAAGGUGGGAUGGAGGAGGCUUUGGCAGAGGAGUGGUGUCUGCAGCACCGUGGACCAACGAGGUGACAAUUUCGUCUUGUGUCAUUGCAAUUACAAUCAAUACCACAAGUUCCUGAGGAACACCCCGAACUCCGAAAUACAAACAAUUAACGUCUAUCAAAUAGAUUUAGUCAAUAACUGGUCGAUCUUUUCUUCCAAAGAUUCCAAUUUUUUGUCCUUGGCCAAGUUGGACGCCUGCAAUUGCUCCACGACCGAUUCCAGGUUCGUAACCAGGGUCUGCAGCUUCUCGAUCGAAGUCUUUAGACCGCCAGCAGCACGUCCAGCAGCAGAACCAGCAGAACCUGCAGAGGCGGCUGAGGCAGGAACACUUUUUGGCUCUUCGGUUACAGCAGACUUUGGCACCUCUUUCUCCUCAACAGGCGUCUCGCUCUCGGCAACGGUCUUAACAGACUCUUCCGGCUUUGGUGUCUCCUGCUGUUCUUUUUUCUCUGGAGCAGACACGACCUUUGGUUCUUCCUUGGCUGGAGUGGUCUCCUUCUUGGCCUCAACCUCGCGAGGAACCUGCUGCCAGUCGUCGUCAUCGUCGCCAUCAACGUCCUGGGUGUCGUCGUCCGACAGGUCGUGCACCUUGUUCAGCAAAGAGGUGACCUCUUUCUGGUUCUUCAGGUCGUCGAUGGUACCAGUAUUGGACGAAAAAUCAACCGCUUUGGCCUUUGGCUCCUCUUUAACCUCAGGUUUUGGCUCUUCCUUUGGCGCUUCCUUUGGCUCCUUCUUUGGCUCCUUCUUUGGCUCCUCUUUUUUAGGCUGCUCAGUCUGUUCCUCGACCUUUCUCUCGGUCUCGUCCACAAAUGUUGGUAGAUGGAUCAAAGAACGGCAUCAAAACACCAGAAGAGGCGUCCACGGAGUAGAAUCCUCCAAUUGGGCCGUCUUCGAUCUUAUCCGCGUUCCAGACUCCCAGCUGUCUUUCGGAGUAUCUAUCAAAACCAGUGGUGGCCAAUCUAUUUGUGUUUCCGAGCCAGCAAACUCUGGAAACCUUGGCUCCGGUAUGGCCUGGUCCCUCAGAGAUGAUUUCUCCGGUCUGGACGUCCCAAACUCUGAGCUUCUUGUCUCUAGAAGCAGUGACAAUUUUGGUUCCGUCAAAGUUCCAGGAAAAACUUGUCACGAGGUCCUUGUGUUGCAAUGUCUUUUCGCAUUUCAGUGUGUCCAGGUUCCAGAUCUUGAUGGAGUAGUCGAACGAGGACGAAGCAAGAACGUUUUCGGCCACCGGGUGGUACAAAAUGUGUCCGACUUUACGGGAAUGACCAGUCAAAGCGGCCACUGGCGCAACAUCGACAAUUUUGUCGGUAUCAAUCUUGGUGAAAGUGUAGUCUUCAGGAAUUUCCCAAAGUAA